AUCGGUCAAGAUUCAUACAAACGGUUGCUAACCGGAUAUUCGAAUAAUAGGUUUUCAGUUUAUUCGAAUAAUUGUAAGAGCUCCAUAGUCAAGACACAUUUAACAUGCAUAGGCGUACCUAAAUAUUAUUUCUGUACUAUAUCACAAAGAAAAUUCCGUCAUAAAAUAACAUUGCCUCACUUUAAAAGGAGCGUCAACAAAAAAUGUUAAAUCKAUGUCGGGAUUUAGACAAGCUCUCAGCUGAACGGAAAUGGGACGAAGUAUUCCAUUGCCUUAAAAUCGAUGUAAACUCAACCAUCGAGCUAGGCAGUAUUAAAGUUUCUAGGGAUAACGAACACACCGAUAAGUGGUUGGACGAUUAUAAAGGAACUAUGAACUCAUUAGAAGUAAUUCUAGCUAUUAUUCUAUUUUUCGACCAAAUAUUCUAUCUCGCGCUUUUGUGGUAUAUAAUUUGUUUCAUAAUCAAAUUUAUACGUUAUCGCGGACUAAGCACAUGCUGGCGGUGGGCUCAGAAAAUUUAUUCGUUGGAAGAGAACAUUAAAAUGCCGUAUGUGACCAUGAAAGAAGGCCAUUACUUUUACAAAAGGCCAUUUGAAAAUUGUAAAUAAUACUAAUAUGUGUAUGUACAUAUGUAUGUAUGUACAUAUUACGUAUGCAUGUUCCAAUAGAAACCAAUGUAAAUCCUAAAACUAUUAAACAAGUUUCURUGAAU